AUGUUGCCGAUGCUUUUCCUACCGUGCCAGAUGAUGAAGAAGAAGAAGGAAAAUGAUCAUUUUUGGCGAUAUUUCUUAUACACGUCGAAGCUUGACUUCGAUACCAGAAGAAUAAUUUUUGUCGUGUCUAGAGACAAGAGACUAGAAAUAGAAUUCCAAAUCAACACUCAGCAUCUUGAGAUCACCCACGAAAUGUCUUCAAGCAUUCUUCACGUUGAUUAUCCAAUAAAAACAAUUGAAAUUUGCCACUCAGCUGCGAAAUAUGCAAACAAAUAA